GCUCAGGCACUGAGACAGGGCAGCCCUGCUGUAUUUCCCAGGCUGCUCUCUGUGAUGCAGGCAGGAAGGUUGUGUAUAUUGAACAGGCCCCACCUCCUGAGGCUCUGCAGCUGCUACACUGGACACAAAAGGGUGAGACAGACACAGGCACAUUUGCUAGUGCUGCUAUGCACCAAACUCCCUACCUUUCUUCAUUUGUAAGCUGGAGCACACAACCCCACGGGGCCAGCUGCCUGGGACAGCCCAUACUUGUGUACUCAAAUAUCAAGGUAACUUAUCUUGAGAGCAGCCUCAGGCUGAAGCAUCCUGAAAGUUGAUAUUGUGAAGUAGCUGUGGACCAUGACAAGUAUAGAGUGCUCUGAAAGACCAGAUGAGGAAUACCCUUGCAGCAGUUUGGCUCAGGGAUCCUAUGACGACAGGAAGAGGAGCAUGCACCUGCCACAUGGAAAUGAGGAGGAAGGUAGUGAGGAAGAUGAAGAAGCUGAGGAAAGCUACAGUGGCUAUUUCGGGGAUGGCUUGCGGGAGGACUGUGAAAGACUAGAUCUGGUGCCUAGCAGCUCUGCACUUGGGGAGAACGUGCCAGAGGACCUGUUAUGCAAGGAAGAUGAAGUCUUCUAUGAGACUUUCACGCUCAUCAAUGCCAAUGGCGUGGCCAAGCAGCUGAACAUGAAGGUCAGUCUUUGUACCCAGAGUGAGGAGGAUGGCGAGCAAACUGGUAAGGAGACACCAUACCAGAAGUGGCCUAGCAGGCCAAUGAGCAAAGGCAUCCAGCACUUCAGCAGGAGGCUGCCAAGCUCUGGAGACUAUGUGGACACUGUAGUUACCCUAGACAGUGACUUUGAUCCCUCUGGGGACAGCCUGUCUUGCAAUGGCACAGAAAGCAUUCAGACAUACACACCCAGGAAAGCCGAGGUGGGGGCAUUCCCAGGAAACCUGGGUGUAGACUCCAGCAAGCCGGGGGGCAGCAAAGACCUUUCCCUGAAAGGCAGGAGAACAGUGAAGCGGCUGCCCCUGAAAGCCACCAAAAAGCUGGGCGAGGUGGCAGGCAGUGUCGGGGCCCUGAAAGCAGCUGCGAUGAGGCGGAUCCGGAUGGCAACCCAAGUGACAGGCAGUGAGGCAGAUGAGCGGCCUUACAAGUGUGUGCAGUGUGGGCGGGCCUUUAAGAAAUCCAGCAACCUGCUGAGCCACAUCGAUACCCACAGUGGGGUCAAGCCAUAUGCCUGCGAGCUGUGUGGCAAGGCCUACUCCCACCAGGGCACACUGCAGCAGCACCGGCGGCUGCACACAGGUGAGCGCCCCUACAAGUGCCCCUUCUGCAUCAAGGCCUACACCUGGUCCUCAGACUACCGCAAGCACAUCCGCACGCACACAGGCGAGAAGCCCUACCAGUGCCUGGACUGUGAGAAGGCCUUUGUGCGCUCUUCCGACCUGCGCAAGCACCAGCGCAACAUGCACAGCAAUGACAAGCCCUUCCCCUGCCCAGACUGUGGCAAGACCUUCAACAAGCCACUGUCCCUGCUGCGCCACCAGCGCACCCACCUGGGUGAGAAACCCUUCCCAUGCCCCGACUGUGGCAAGGAGUUCGCCGUGGCCAGUCGCAUGGUGGAGCACCAGCGGGUCCACACUGGUGAGCGCCCCUUCUCCUGCUCUGUCUGCGGCAAGGCCUUCACCAAGUCCUCCAAUCUCUUCGAGCACCAGACGCUGCACACAGGCCAGCGUCCUUUCAAGUGCUCUGAGUGUAGCAUGGCCUUCGCCCAGUCCUCCCGCCUCAUCCGCCACCAGCGUAUCCAUACUGGGGAGCGUCCCUUUUCCUGUGCCCAGUGCGGCCAGGCCUUCGCCCGCUCCUCCACUCUCAAGCGGCACCAGCAAAUCCAUAGCAGGGAGAAAACCUACUUGUGCUCGGACUGUGGCAAGGCCUUCCGGCACGCCUCCCAGCUCACCCAGCAUGCGCAGGUGCACACAGGCGAGAGGCCCUACAGAUGCCCCCAGUGCAGCAAGGCCUUCACCCAGUCCACCCACCUUGUCCGCCACCAGGCCAAGCAUGGCAUCGGGAAAGGGGAGCCAUUCUUCUCCAAUGAAUGAGCCUCUUUCCUCUGGAGGGGAAGUGGGGGCAGCACCCCUCCUCCCCCAUCUGCACAAGAAGGCUGGCUCCCCGUCAGCAGGAUUAGCCUCUCCCUCUACUAGAGAAGCACUUUACUUUGGACACUACUUUCUCUCUCUCCUGAUUGCUUGGAGGGGUCUCAGCCUUUCCCACUGAACCCCAUGAAACUGGGGCACAGAUGGGAAGGCAAGCCAGUGCAGCUCCUGGUCAACCAGGCUUUGGAGGCUCAUUCUUCCUCCUCUUUUAGGGCAGCAGACAAGCCAGGGAGCAAUAAGUAUCAGCAUAAAAUAAAGCUUCUUGAAAUAGGCUCUCUCCCAAUGCAGGGCUGAAAACCACAAAAAUGAGCUGAACCAGGCAGAGAGAAAUAGCAGAGUGAACCGUGUACAGCGGUAUAGAUCAGGGGUUGUUCUCAAAAGGAGCUGCUCGCUAACCAGAAAAUUUGUUUUCACCAAUGCACAGGAAAAGAGCCCAAUCAAAGCUACAUUUGCCUACCUGUAAUAGGGGCAGGGGAGUAAGGAGAGCAAUUAUGAAGAAUGUUUACACCUUAUUUAUCUGUCCAGUCAUGCAAUUCAGUUCUCUGCCAAGAUCUCCCUGAUGGGCAAGGGCUGAGAAUCCAUCACCCACUGACUGAUAUGCCACAAACCUGUUUUUCUUCCAGAGGAUCUCAUGCCCAUUCCUCUGUACCCCCAAAUGUAGGCCUAUUCUGAAAACUGACUAGAUAAGAAAAAGGCAGUGCUACUCCUUUUGUGUUGAUUUAGAACUGCAUCUGCAGACUUCAGUGACAAAACAGCACUUUUUUUGCACCUGUUUGCCCUCCAGCUCAGUUAAGGAAGUGUGAACUGUAGUCUAUCGUAGCUCAGGCUUCACUAGCAGAAUUAUUUAAUGAGGGCUAGUCUAUAUGCAGAGAUUGCACAGAUUUCACUGACUUAAUUUAAACAAACAAACAAACCAGUUAAAGUGAUGAGUAGGCAAGAUCUAAAUUCACCGGUGAAAGGCCCGGGAAAGAAAUGGACUAGAACAAGGAUUACUUGGGACACAUUUCAUGGCCAAAAUCUUUGUUACUGUUGAUUACUGGCAAAAACGCACAAGAAGAGAAAAAAAUGUUCUGAACACUGAGAGCCCAGGUGAUGUCUACAAGGCCACAACUACAAAAUACAACACUUUUAGUUGAGCACACUGGACACGGAAUUCACCAACAGACUAUAAACAAGGAAUCUCAUACUGUCGUUUUUGGACAGAGACUUUUCAAAGCAGAAUUGCACUUUGCAAUGUUGUUAGAUAUGUUCCUUAAGAAGAUGUCCCAGUGUACAACUUCUUGAUAUAAGCAGCUUUCCAGAUACCUGACAUAUGGUGCCAUUUACAAAUAUGAAAUUUAAAAUGCAAAAGUAUAUGGUACAUAUGUAUUAUUAUAGGAUAAUUAUAAACUAAAGCACUGACAACAUUAUUAUCUUACCAGUCUGUUGUUAAAAAAAGGAAAGGAAGGGAAAAAUAAAGAAAAGGGAGGCAGAGGGAAGAAAGUACUAUUUGUAGCUGUGCUGACUCCAGCUGGGUGAAUAAUUGAUACGUUCCCUGAUGCUUUAUACAACAAUUUUCUAGUGAAAGCAGAGAUAUUUGGUGGCAAAUACAGACCUGGCCAAUUUCUGGAAUUAAUAGCACAGGAUCAGACACCAGAUUAACCGAAGACAGCUCUAUCAGUGAUAUCAGUCAGCAACCUCCCACUGCUCAGUUCUGCAUGUGCAGUAUUCAUAAUUCCUCGUGUUUCUCCUUUCAUAACAUGUAUGUCCCAAGGCUCUUACCUGCAACAGCAAUCCCAACUAAGCAGUCGUAGCUUCCUGACUAAGCUGAUGUCUCAAGUCCCCUCUCCAGACUGGUUUGAAUUCUGCCAGUUUAACUUCACAACCAGAAAAAGACUCUAAUAUCAAGUUGACUUUGACUCUGCUUAAUUAGGUACCAAUUAGGGCUGUGCAAAAUGGCAGUGUUCUGUUUCGACCAGUGUUUUGAUGGAACAGCGUUUCGUUUCAAUUUUGUUUCGAUUUGAAACAGCUGUUCUGUUCUGUUCUGUUCUGUUCUGUUCUGGUCAAAACAGGGUUGAAACGGCGAAACUGUUUAGAUGUUUCACCCAUAGGAUAUAAUGGAGAAGGACAAAACAGCCUAUAACUUUGUCAUUUCUGGCUUGAUUUGAAUGAAACUUGCAGGAAUGGUAGCCCCAUCUGAGGGCAUGAAGCCUGCCAAGUUUCAAAGAGGUAGGUUUGGGGGAAACUGUACCUCAAGCUGCAGACAAGCAAAACUCGUGACAUGGGUGACACUGUGUGUGUUAAGGCACAGCAGGGUGAAAGCUGCAAGCCUGCUAGCCCCUGCUAUGGCCACGAAGCCUGCCAGCUGUCAAGGAGGUAGGUGCAGAGGUGUCUGGGUUCUGGGGCCCUGCACCUCUAGCUGCUGACAGGCAAAACUCAUGUCAUGGAUGCUUGUGCAACCGUGUCUGUCUUGGGGCACAGGAGGUGGGGAAACUACUGCAGGCCGGGCUGCUAGGCCCUGCUGCAGCCACAAAGCCUGCCAGCUGUUAAGGAGAUAGGUGCGGGGGGGGAUCUGGGGCCCUGCACCUCUAGCUGCUGACAGGCAAAACUCGUGACAUGGGUGCUUGUGCAACUGACUGUCUGUCUUUGGGCAGAAGCCAUUCCCAGCUCUGUACGGAUUCUUUCCUCUCCUUAGUGUGUGGUUUCCUAGGUGUUAAUUCUUGCUCAUUAACUCCUUAUGCUAGCUAGCUACUGUGUUAGGCAAUCAAUCAUGAUUCACUCAGGGACCAGCUCAAUACACAGCUGAGCUCCUUGAAACUUAACAGGCUUUGUGGCCUCCACAGGGGCUAACAUACCUGCAGUUUUGACCCCACUGUGGCUUAACACACACAACACAGGUUUUGCUUUGAAAACUUUGGGGUGCAGUUUCCCCGAACCCCCUGCACCUAUCUCCUUGAACCUUGGCAGGCUUCAUGCCCUCAGAUGGGGCUACCAUUCCUGCAAAUUUCAUCCACAUCAGGCCAGAAAUGACAAAGUUAUAGGCUGUUUCAACCUUCCCCAUUAUAGCCUAUGGGCAAAGCAUUGAAACGGCAAAAUGUUUCAACUUGCCUCAUUUGGUUUUGAGGCUGUUUCAACUACAUCUGUUCAUUUUGAUUUUGCUGUUUUGACCUCGAAAUGGGUCAAAACAGUGUCAAAACAAAACUGGCGGUGAAAUUUCACACAGCCCUAGAAAUUAUGCCAACUGGUACUAACCAGUAGGUAUAAUUUGGUCCCCUAAUUAAGCAGAUGCACAAAGUCAACUUGAUAUUAGAAUCUCUGUCUUUCUGGUUGUUAAGAUAAACCAGAAGAAUUCAAACCAGUCUGGAGAGAGGCAGCAUGAAUGUGUGUACUGUUGCUUCUUAGAGCUCUAUUGGAUAGCUGGGCAGGGGAGAUCCACUGCUCUUUCAGAAACUGGUGGGCAGCAGUGUAAAUGUCAGGAAUCUUGUCUAUUUUAUGGUUCUUGGGAAAGCUGUUAAUGGAAUAAAAGAGAGAUGACACUGGAGUCAUUCAGCAGGGAGAAGAAAGAGAUUGUGGGAAACCCACUUCCUCUCUUCUUCCUUACAGCAGCUAAGAAACUAGGCAAGAUGUAUCAGAGACUUACCUAUUGCAACAGCUAGAGAAUUCUGGAGCAGUAAGAUAAUAGCCAAAGCACUUUCUGUCCCUCCCACUAGCUAAAGAGGGGGACAAAUUUAUCAGGCAUCUCCAAGCAAUGCUGCCUCAUAAAUAGGGUGCAAGGAAAUAACCUGGUAAAAUGAUCCGAGCUCCUUUCCUCCCAACUGUGUACUUUGUGGAAUUGCAUCUUGUAAGCAACCAUCUCUUCAUCUGGUGCACAUACCGCCAGCUAGUAAUUUUUUUCAGUGCUGCACUGUCACUCUAGGGAGCCUCUCUGCCCACGCUCCCCUUUCACAUUUUGCAGAUACACACACGGACCCUUUCUCAUUACAGCUGCCCCAACACUUCUCUGUCUCUGCUUUGUGACAGAAAGGAUGAACAAUCUGCAGCAGUUCUUUACCCAGCCACUCAGUGGGAAGAAAGAGCACACAACACCUAGAAAAGCUCCAGUCUUCUUCUCCCCCACACCAAAAGUUAAAGAUUCCAGGUUGAGUUCAGAACUUGAGUCCCUUGGUUGGCAGUGCAUUGCUCUACUCAGACAACUAUCAACACACCUCACUGAAGAGGGGCUUUCAUUUAUUUCCUCUCUCUGCCAUGACUGACUACUUUUUGGCUCUCAAACAAAGCUGGAAGGCACUGCAGAGCCUCUUGGUAUCACUGCCAUCUACUAGAAGACAGCAAGGGGAUCUGAUGCUGCAAGACAUAUACUACCUCCUGCACAAUAUCAGUAGCCCAAGAAUGAAGGCCAACGCUAUAGUGGAUGCAUAUUGCUCUGACCUCUGUAUUCCUUUGUUUCAUCUUUAUGUUUCUGCUCUUUUGCUGUACUCAAGAAUUAAGAUCCUGUGGGAUGGCAUAUUAUACCAAAAUGGAAAUGUAUGGAAGAAGGGCACUAAAGUAACUCAGUCUAUUCCCAAAGGUACGGUGGGAUCCUUCAGGCCAUUUUAUUAUAGUUCCAUGCGUUUAUCUUGAGAGCAAAGCUGCACGAGCUGCACAACAGAAAAAACAGGCUUAGUCUGAUAACUCUUCCUAAUGAGUGCAACUCUUGAUGAGAAUAGAGCAAAUGAUCACAAGAAAGUCAGGAAUCAACAGGAAUAAACCAUCAAAGAAAAAAAGGGUUAAAAGAAAGGGAAGUUCAUGGUGAACCUCAGAUUAACUUGAGCACUCCAUGCAGAGUUUCCAUUAAGGAAACAGUGAAAACUGCUAACAAUUUGCCUCCACAAGAGAAAAAUGCCUCUUUAAUAGAGAGGGAGAGAAAAAGAGGCUAUGACAGAUGAAGAUAAGCCUCCAUUUUCCCCUAACUAGGGUUGAGAAAGGAAGCCAGACCCUACCAGGAAAUAACUUUAAUCGUUCCCAUUGUGCCAGGUGGCAGGAUGAUGACAGAGGCUCUUUCUUGCCCGUAGGCCAGAACUGAGUUACCAGGUACUAUUGCUGAGGAGGAAUGCUCCUGGUCUCUGCACUUGACAGGAUGCUUCCUGUGACACAUUGUCUAUGGAUCGCUAAUUCUGCCCUUCAUGCUGAAGCAGGUGGGGGACUGCACAGAACCACCCCCUGACUGGACUAUUUGGAUACACAGUGCUGUUUGAGGCAUGUAAAUAUCUGUAAAUGAUAGCAAUAAUAAUAAUAAUAAUAAAUGUGCUUGUAUUGUAACAGUGUAAUCACUGCCGAGGACUGGCUGGGGGUGGAGGGGGAAUCCAGUUUUAAUUUUUUUCACACUUGAAAAGGCUGCUGCUUAUGAUCAUUACAAACAGGUGCUGUAAGAUACGAUGUGGACCAAGAGGAAAAUAAUGUAUCCAGGGCUGGGGAUGUUGUUUUGUGUUCCUAUGAACUCCCCAAUGCCCAAGCUAUUUAAAGCUGUUAUGUCUCAACCUAAGACACCAGAAAUAAAUAGUCUAUUACCACUCAGAGUAGCUUAAAGGAAUCAGGCUCUCGUGCUUUCAGCUGACAUGUUUUGCUGUGUACCUUAUUAAAUAUAGGUGUAUUUACA